UUAUGUUCCCCGGGAAUUUUAAAAAUCCCCUUCUUGUUUGCUCAGCCAGAUGUGGAGUGCUAUCAGUGAAUCUUUCCAGGUGACCAUGCCUCCAUGCGCCAAACGAGCCCUAGCAUGGAGCAAUGGCGAGUUGCUGGACCUCAUCAGUGUUUGGGGGGAGGAAGCUGUCCAGUCCCAGCUGCACUCCAGCUGUAGGAAUUACAAUUCCUUUGGUCAGCUAUUAAGGGCCAUGAUGAAAACGGGACAUGACCAGAACGCACUGCAGUGCAGGAUUAAAGUGAAGGAGCUGUGGAAUGCCUACCACAAAGCCCACGAGGCAAACUUCUGCUCCGGUGCUGCCCCCACAACCUGCCAUUUCUACAAAGAGCUGGACGCGAUACUUGGGGGUGACCCCACCUCCACUCCGAGCACCACCAUGGACACUUCAGAGCAGGGGGAGGAGGAGGAGGAGGAAGGUGGGAGUGAGGGUGUUAGGGUGGGGGGAGACACCCCAGAAUCCCUGAAGGCAUGCAGCCAGGAGCUCUUCUCAAGCCAGGAGGAAGGUAGCCAGUCACAGCGGCUGGUACUUGGUGGAGGACAAACAGAAGAGCAUGUUCCCAAUGCAACCUUGAAAUCUCAGCUGUCAUGUUAUCACUGGCUGAGAGACUGCAAAAACUCCGGAAGAGACCGCAAAAAAGCAAAGAAGACAUGAUGCACAAAGUGAUGCAUCAAUAUCUCUUACAGAGAAUCACAAAACACAGGAGUGAAGGGAGAGUGAAAGCAGGAUCUGCAAGGAAAAAGCAGUGCACUGGAAGCAAAGCACGGAACAGCUGAUAAGCAUCCUGGAGCACCAAAUGGACUUUAUCCAGGCGCUCGUAGCCAUACAGGUGGAGCACUACCAUGUCUGCCCCCCCUGCAGCCCUUGUCCCAAAACUCUUUCCCUUGUGCCUCUAUGUCACCUCCAACCCACUUUCCCCAACAUCCGAGUACUUACUGCCACCAGCUGCCUCCAACACCUGUAUCUUCACCAACCAACCCUGAGAACUACAACCCUUACCCUCUGCACUCCAUCCUCAUCGCCAUGCAGUAUAGCCAUCCUGAAGUGCAGCACUCAUUGCACAGCACUCCAGACAGGACAUAUGCAAAUCUGUGAUUGAACCG